AGAGGUUCAAGCAGGAGCGAGUGUAAAGCAAUGGACAGUUUUGUUCAACAAAAACUCAUCAACUGGAAUCUUGAGUGCCUUAUUGAAAAAUUUGCAGAUGAGCAGAUAGAUGAUGACAGUUUCCUGUUGCUGGAUGAGAACACAAUUGCAACACUCAUCCCCAAAAUUGGCGUGCGGUUAAAAUUUUUAAAACAUUUCAAAGAACUGAAAUUUAAUAGUAUCCCACCACACUCUAGCAUUGCUCCUGAAAAUACGCAGCCAAGCACUUCUCCUGAAAAUACAGUCUCAACAUUUGGAUGCACUUCACCUGAAAAUACACAGCCAACAUUUGUUCUUCAGCUUGUUCCAGAUGAUACGCAUGAUAUCCGUGCAGUACUGAUGAAAGCCCCACAUGGACCCUCUAUUGUGGAGAGCCUAGAGAGUAAUACAAUUACCACCCAGCAAAGGCGUGCAAUGGUGCGAAUUAUUGUUGCUCAUCUUAUUGAGAAAUAUGGCGAAACACCAUCAACAGAGACCAAAAAAGCAAUGGCCAUCUCUUUAGUAGAGACAUUUUCCUGUCUGCGUGACCCUGAAGGCAAUGGCUAUGAGGCAUGGUUCAGCCCGGGGCAAAGGCACAGACCUUCCACAGGAUUUCUUGAGGAGCGCCUUCGCAAUAUUAGGAAAAGAAUGCGCCGAUUAAGAACACCAUCUUCUGUGGCUUUUAUCUGUGAGAAGAGGUCGACUGUUAUUCCAGCUUCAAUUUUGUCUCCUGAGAGGGCAGUUCAACUGAAAGAAUGGCUAAAAAACAAUACCAGACCACAGGACCAAGUGGAGCAGUAUAUGAAAGAAACUGCUCUUUUUAGGGCUCAUUGGAUUCGUGAGAAUGGCUCCAAGCCAAUAUCUGAAGUUUUAUCAGAGUUCCCUCGUCUCAUGGACACCCCAGGCAUGAUAUCUCAGGACUUCAGUAUACUUCACCCUGAUGCUGCAGACAAAAUGUGCUUAUCAUGGUUGCCUGUCUUUGCUGACAAGAUCCUGGCCUUUGCUAAAAGAGAUGGACGACAGAUGGAUGUCCUCAAUAAUUUAGACAACAUGUCUGCAGAUUCCAAAGGCAUACUAGCACUUAAAAUCUUGCCUGUCAUUCUUCCCCCGCCUGUGUACAAGAUUGGCCACAAAACCUUUCGGCCAACUAUUCAAGAAGCAAGAAACUCAUUCAUUGAUGUACAACCUUCUGGAACCAACAUGGUUCUUUACCUGGAAAGGCAGAGAGAAGCGAAACCCUUCCCCUUUGUCUUGGAGCUUGGACUGGCUGGACAGUUUUUUUUGGUGGUGAAUGGGCAAGCUCUGGAACAGGUGACUCUCCUCAAGGCUGUGGAUGUUUGUUUCAAGUCAUUUUAUUGCUUUGACCUUCACUAUCCAAAACAAUGUGCCCCUGUUUGGGAAUUUUUGCAGCAGGUAGUGUAUGGAAUGCCUGGGACAGAAAAUUCAAGCAUACGGUUUUUGCGGGCCUCCAUUUUUGCUGCAGAGGAUUAAAUGAU